CUCCACCUUACCCAAUAUAAAAGCCCAAAUCCUCUCGCUCACACAUAAAUCACAAAACGCACGUAUUCCUUUAUCUCUGCUCCUUCUUACUCCAAAGUACCUUUCUCUCUUCGCGCCUCGUCCACCAUCGCCGUACAAUUCUUUCGCAGCUUCAACACAACCUGAUUCAGCAAUUCCAGCACUCACUCCAUUCACGCGUUUCGCUCAUAAAAUUUGGCGCGAUCGUGAAAUUCCAAAACCGGAACGAAAGUUUGUGGAGUAGAAAUGGACGGUGCGUUUGACGAUGAAGCUGAGCCAGCCGUCACAAUCAGCGAGUACCUCGAUGAAGUUGAGGAACGGGAGCUGGAAGCUGAUUUAGUUCUAGGAGGUGAUGAGGGCAAGGAGUGUACCUUUAACAAAGGAUAUAUGAAAAGGCAGGCCAUUUUCUCUUGCCUUACCUGCACUCCGGACGGGAAUGCUGGAGUUUGCACAGCUUGUUCAUUGUCAUGCCACGAUGGUCAUCAGAUUGUGGAGCUAUGGACAAAAAGAAACUUUAGAUGUGAUUGUGGGAAUUCAAAAUUUGGUGAAUUCUACUGCAAGAUUUUCCCAAGUAAAGAUGUAGAGAAUGCUGGGAAUUCAUACAAUCACAACUUUAAAGGUUCAUAUUGUACAUGUGGUCGUCCUUAUCCAGAUCCAGAUGCGGAAGAACAAGUAGAGAUGAUACAGUGCUGUCUGUGUGAGGACUGGUUUCAUGAGGAGCAUCUUGGUCUUGAGUCUUCUACCGAGAUUCCCAAAGAUGAGGAAGGUGAGCCAAUGUAUGAUGAGUUCAUAUGUAAGGCAUGCUCUGAGGUAUGUUUCUUUCUAAAACUAUAUCCUGAAGAUAUAUGGGCAGCUGGAAAGCAGACAGAUCCUACUAUCCAAAAGGACAAAGCUGUUUUGGAAGACAUGCCUUCAACUCGUCGAACUGAAAAUCCAAUUUGCGACACAUCAUAUAAUUCUCCUAAAAUUGAUGAAGUACAGGCUACUGUUGAUUCUGAAUCUACAUCUUUGGGGAAGAGUCUGUCUCAGGGAGAAAAUACUAGUGGCGGUAUUGUUCCAAAUCAAUGCCCCAAAAGCACUGAUUUGCAUGAUAAUUGUCUCCUUGGUGUUAACAUUGUUGAUGCUUCCCCAGUUUUAUCUAAUAAAGCAAUGUUCCUUUCAAAAAAUUGGAGAGAUGCUCUAUGCAAAUGCAAAAAUUGUUUGGAGUUUUACAAUCAGAAGCGCAUAGCUUUUCUACUCGACAAAGAAGACUCAAUUGCGGAAUAUGAGCAAAUGGCCAAGAAAAGGAGAGAAGAAAAAUUGCAGCAGCAAGAAGGUGCCGAGUUAAGCUUUUUUAGCAAACUGGGACAUGUAGAGAAAGUUGAGAUCUUGAAGGGUAUCGAAGAUAUGAAGGACGGGCUUCGUGCUUUCCUGGAGUCUGCAGACUCGUCAAAGCCUAUUACCGCUGCUGAUGUCCACCAGUUUUUUGAUGAGAUUAAGAAUAAGCGUCGUCGUGUACAGUGAGUGUGUUAUCUUGGCUGUUCAAGGACCGUGUCAGUUGAAGCUUUCAGACUUUUAUUAGAAAAGUUUAUUUGUUUGUGUUAUCUAUUGUUCGAAACUUAAGCCUGCAUAUUUUAUGAUACUUUAUAUUACAAUGCGCAACAUUUUUAACUUAAUAGACUCGUUUGGUUGCUCA